AUGUCCGAUAUCACGACAUCUUCCUCGCUGAAACAUGACCUGAACGAGAGCCCUGAUGGGCUCGACCUUUCAUCCCUGCCACCUAUCUUUGUCCUCGCGACGCACCUCGAGUUGGACGCUCUGCACCAAAUCGAAGAGGACCUCGUCAAGCGCGGCGCGCGCUUGACGUACGACAUUUUCGAAGCACGACUCGUGCUUGGGAGGAUCGGCCAGAAGAAGCGAGCGGCCUUGGAGCUGCGGUCCAGAGGUGUCUGGACUGAGGAGGCCUCUGUCUCUGCUCCUCUGCAGACGAGCCCUGAGCCGCCCGUGAAGAGGCGGCGGGUGGAUGUCGUUCAGCCGGGUAAGCAGCCUGCGGCGCAGCUCGAGGAUAUCGACCUCGGUACAGAGACGGAAGGUGAAGAAGAUGGAAUGCGAAGCCUGCAUGAUACACGGACCCAUCUGCGGCGGCCGAGGUCGGUAUCUCCGGAUACGGCGUCUGUGGCCUCGACGCCGUCGCUGACGUCUUCGGUGGCUACUGCUUUGGAGGACCAUGAGCAGGCGGAUGUGGUGACGGUGGCCAAGCUGGACUGGUUCAGUGAAGUGUUGAGGACUGGCACGCUUGUGCCCCUGGACCCGUAUGUGGUUUACCGCGGCCGCAAGACUGCGUCUGAGGCAAGCGCGGAAAAGUCGAAAGGAAUACUGGAGCGGGCGAAGCAAGAUGCCAUGUCGAGGCCGGCGGCUCCACCUCCCACCAGUCGAUUCGCAUCCCGUCGCUCACGAGAACCGCACGACGGGCCAUCGAGCCAGGGCCACCCGCCCAAGCUAUACCGACAAACAACAUCCGAGAACGACGAAGAGGUCCCCCUGCCUCCACCCCCGGACUGGGUCAAGAACCGCGUCAUGUACGCGUGCAUGCGGUCAGCACCGCUCCACCCGCCCAACGAGGCGUUCAUCCUGCAGCUGGUCAAAAUCCGCAAGAUCCGCGAGCUCACGCUCGACGAGAUCGGCGUCCGCGCCUACAGCACCUCCAUCGCCGCGCUCGCCGCCUACCCGUACCAGAUCCGGCGGCCCUCCGAGAUCCUCACCCUCCCAGGCUGCGACUCCAAGAUCGCCGCCCUCUUUGCGGAAUUCAAAGCCAGCGAGCACGGCACGCUCGCCGCCGCCGGCGCCCUCGACACCGACCCGGUCCUCAAAACCCUGCACCUCUUCUGGAACAUCUGGGGCGUGGGCGCCAAAACCGCCCGCGACUUCUACUACAAGCGCCAAUGGCGCGACCUGGACGACAUCAUCGAGCACGGCUGGGACAGCCUGUCCCGCGUGCAGCAGAUCGGCCUGAAAUACUACGACGAGUUCCUGCAGGGCGUGCCCCGCCCGGAGACGGAGGCCAUCGCCGCCACCAUCACGCGGCACGCCAACCGCGUCCGCCCGCACGCCGCCUACGACGGCCGCGGCGUCGAGUGCAUCAUCGUCGGCGGCUACCGCCGCGGCAAGGAGCUCAGCGGCGACGUGGACCUCGUCCUCUCGCACCGCGACGAGUCCGUCACCAAGAACCUGGUUGUGGAGCUGGUCGCCAGUCUUGAAGCCGAGGGCUGGAUCACGCACACCCUCGCGCUGCACAUGACCACUUCCCACCGCGAGCAGCAGCCGCUCCCUUUCCGCGGGGAUGACGCGGGCAGACACUUUGACACGCUGGAUAAAGCGCUUGUCGUGUGGCAGGAUCCGCAUUUCGAGGACGGUGGCGAGACUGCAGCCGAUGAUGGCGGAGACACCCCAGAAGGACAGGAACGACAGCGCAGAAAACGCAACCCCAAUAUCCACCGCCGGGUGGACAUCAUCAUCUCGCCGUGGCGGACGGUCGGGUGCGCCGUGCUGGGCUGGUCGGGCGAUACGACCUUCGAGCGGGAUCUGCGGCGGUACGCCAAGAAGGCGCACGGGUGGAAGUUCGACUCGAGCGGGGUCAGGGAGCGGACGAGCGGCGGGCAGGUGAUUGAUCUGGAGCGCGGCGGGGCGACCUGGGAGGAGAGGGAGAGGUUGGUGCUUGAGGGGUUGGGGGUGGGAUGGAGGCCUCCGCAGGAGAGAUGUACGCGAUGA